UCCUCUUCCAGCCCCAAUCACGACCUGGCAACUGUCGCUUUCGGGUCAGAACUUUGCGAGUUCAUGUCCUCAUUUGCCAUCAUCUCCCGAUCCAUCUUCUCCCAUUCUCAGUCCAUCUGUCGUGAUCUCCCGCCUUUCCGUUCCACAAAUCUACCGGACUCUUGUUCGCCGACCAUUGCCGCCAUUCUUGGCUCCAUUCCGGCGGUCUAUCCUUUUACAUAUUUUCUUUUGGGCAAAAAAUCCCCAAAGUUGCUGCUGUUGCCUCGAGUUGACCGCACUCGCGACAAUCGCGAGUCCAGCCCGACGAGCCAAAUCGUUUCGAAGGUGCAUGGCAAAAUGUGA